CAGAUUGCAGGGAAAGACAAUCUCCUGCUCACCGUAUAAGGAUGGGAGAAGAUCCGAUACCUCCGCGUCCGCGGAUCCCAGCUAGUUGGCGAAGAUGUCCGUAACCGGUGGCGUCGCGACCAGCCGGACGACCGUUGGCCGGAUGUGCCCUGCCCAGAGUGGCUGUUCGCGUUUGAAGCUGAAGCGGACGCGUACGAGGCAUUUGAUGGUGUCGCGAAGGAUAUCAGGGAGAAGAGGUGUGCGAGGCCGGUGUUGCCGCCUGAGCUUUCGCCGUGAGUAUGAACGGGAUGCAGGAUGUGCUUGGCGAGGAUCUCGGAAUUUAUGAAUGUUGGUUGCUGAUAUUGUGUCGCUCCUCAGACUUGACCCUAAACCUCUUUGCCACUGGAAAGAGGCAGGCGUGAAUAAGGCAGAUUAGUGUGCUCGAGGACAAUCCAUUCUCAGUGCACGCUCUGUUCUCAUCUGUUCCGCUUGGAGCGCGCGCGAAGAUCUCGAUUGCUCUCGCUGCCUCAUUCCCGUGUUAAUUCCCGCGUGAAUGCAGUAUGGUGAAGCGCCGGGGCCGUGCUCUGCACCGACCAUCCACAGGACCCCUCGUGGUCACGUCCACAACCCAGCGGUUAUAUGGCGAUACGAUUCGCAAAUAGCCGAGCCACAGGAGUUAUACGCUGUAAGAAAGCCCCAAUGCUAUCACUGGCUUCUCCCAAGUCCCAACGAAUGCCUACGCCCCGUCAAUCGUACGUGCUUACACGCUGACUCCCUUGAUGAAAGCAUGGUAAAGACCAGCACGCUUGUACACUGCCCUGUCUUCAUGCCUUCAAUGAUAAAGUUGACGAG